CUGGCGGGCUGCGGCGGCUGCGGCAGAGCGGGGCUGCUUCUCGGGCUCAGGGGGUCCCCGACCGGGCUGGCGACUCUGCAUCGGGAGAAGCCCGCUGCUGUCGAGCCCGCGUCCUCCGGCGAAGAGUGGGGCGAAGAGCCUGAGAUUUGGCUUUCUCUGCAGGAGACCGGAGUCGGGACUUGGCAGGGAAGUGGACGGUAGCCACGGGUGGUUUUAUUUUUAGGGCAAGCAGUCAACUCGGGUGGAGGCGUAUAAUGGAGUAAAAAGAAGAGUGAGUGAGUCGUAGCUGGAAGGAAUCCCUCACAAACCUUGCAACCUUCACUAAAUCAUUUACCUCUGUUUCUCAGCCCUUGCCGGGUCUGAUGUAGUCACCGGGGUGCGUCCUUUGUUGUGAUGGAUGAGACUAGAAAGCUGCCAUCCAGAAAGCGGGAGCUUUUAGUCCUUAUUGUGUUGUGAAUUUAAAGGAUUCCAUUUUUCUGUUUGUUCAGUACGUGGAACCAGAGCUGACAGUAAAUAGGUGGUACCCUUUAUUGGAACAGAUAAAGUGCGAUAAACUGGUUACCGGAGUACCUGAAGUCCGGUGUUACCAUUUAGAGCCAGUUUUCCGAAGUGUCUGUUCGUGUGUGUAUUAGGAUUUUAGCCACAGUGAUGUUCGUUAGCCGGAGAGAGUCAAUAGGAUGUUUUCAGUUGCCCUAGUUUACAGAAUCGAGGAUGUGGCCUUAGGGGAGAAUGUCUUGGCUUUGCAUAGAGAAAGUGGGAUGAGCUUCCUGCUCGUAAUACCCGCGUUUAAAGAGAUCUUCCAGUUCCUGUGUUUUGUCAGAAACCGUUGGCAGCGUGGAAUAACUUGGAGGGCGUAAGCCCUUCCAGGGGAAGUCUUGAGACCCUUAGGAGGCGUUAUCACUGCCAGUCUGUGGAGCCUGCAGAAGAUUUAAACAGUCAAGUUAAAUCAAGCUGGGUAAUCAUGGCAGAAGGUGGAUUCGAUCCCUGUGAAUGUGUUUGCUCUCAUGAACAUGCGAUGAGAAGGCUGAUCAAUCUGUUGAGGCAGUCCCAGUCCUACUGCACAGACACAGAAUGUCUUCAGGAAUUGCCAGGACCCUCUAGUGAUAAUGGCAUCAGUAUUACCAUGAUCUUGAUGGCCUGGAUGGUUAUUGCAGUGAUCUUGUUUCUGUUGAGACCUCCUAAUCUAAGAGGAUCCAACCUAACUGGAAAGCCAGCCAGUCCUCAUAAUGGACAAGACCCACCGGCCCCUCCCGUGGACUAGCUUUGUGGACAUGGGAAGUGAAAAUAGUUUAACACCUUGCACGACCAAAUGAACGAAGACGACCAGAGUACUCUUAACCCCGUUAGAACUGUUUUUCUUUUGCAUCUGCAGUGUGGGAUGGUAUUGUUUUCAUGAGCUUCUAGAAAUUUCACCUGCGAGCUUAGUUUUGCUUCCUGUGUCAUCACCUUUCCUAUAUUUGAGUAAAUGAUUACAUUAAAAAGUUACAUGGGGCUUUUUUGGUUAUCCUAAACUUAAACAUUCCAUUCGUUCUGUUUGUAACUGUGAUCAUAAUUUUUGUGGUAAUUUCUGGCCUGAUAGAAGGAAAUUUGAGAUCUCUACAUUUAAAUAUUUUUAGUAGUUUCAAUGGGUUUAAAAAUUGUUUCUUUAAUAAGGUAUUUAUAAAGUUAUUUGGGGUUACCUGAGAUUGUAUGAAAGGAAAUUAGAACCACACUGUAUUUAUAUUUACCUUGGUAGUUUAUUUGUGGAUGGCAGUUUUCUCUAGUUCUUAGGACUGUGACAACUUUUGGAAUAUUUUACAAAUUACAGCUGAAAUCUGUAUCAUCCACUACAGAUGAUUUAUGUGACUAAAGAAAAGGAGAAAAGAAAUGAAAUAACUGUUUACUAAGUUUUUAUUCCCAUAAAAUGUCUAAUAUUAAGAAAACUUUAAAUAAACAUGAUUUAAGUAUGGUGGAUGAUUUACAGUCCAUUAUAUGAAAUUUGUAAGCCUCUGCACACUAGCCUUAUUACACAGUUCAUGAAAGGAGGAAAAAAUUUAAUUCUUUCUACCUUUGCUAGGUAUAAUCUAUACAGUAGUAAUUUAAGCCAAAACUUAUUUUUAAAGUGGGUGCCUCUCAGGAAGCUGCUUUUGUGUUACAAACUUCCCUGUUAAAUGAAACGAUCUUAAAGCUAUCUUGGGGGCCUACUUGGUUACUGACAUUUGAAUGCUAUUUACUUACUCUUUUUUUUUUUUUUGGAAGAAAAAAUUUAGAGUCUUAUUGUCUUUCUGACUUCAAAAAAUAUUUAAUGAAUUCUUUGUUUACUCCAAGGGAAAAGGAGGGAAAUGAGAAACAAUCAAGGAUAUUUUUUCUCAACCUCUGUCUCAUUCUUGUUUGGUAAUAGGGUGGAUUGGGGUGGGGAGGAGCGCUAAUUAUUAUAAGGAAAAUUUUGAAAUGUAUAAAAAUGUAAAAGGUUUCAUUUGUUUUUGUUCAGUUUGAAAGAAAAUGAAUACAAAUGGCAUAAAAAGUCUGCAUGACCUGUGUGGUUAUAGAAUUUUUUUCUAACAAAUGAUUGCAGAUGAUUUAUGGGGGCUAGAAGAUAUUUUGCUGUCAGUGUAAGGAUGCUCCCCCUCCCAGACCAGUUUAGCUUUUCACUGUAUUGAUCUGAGAAAUUACUUGUAUGAAUUGAAUAAACUUAUCUAUAUUAUUGUACUGUUUAAUAGAGUCUCUGAUACAAUUACGUGACACCCGUAGGGUAUUUUUCUCCCUUAUUAUGAUUCUGUUCUAGGCUGUAAACACUGUAAGGGCUUCAUUUCAUUAUAUAAUCUGAUAUCGAAUGCUUGCAUUCCUCCUGUGCAUCUUGGCUUUGUGCUCAACUUUUCUUGAAAUAAAAUAACCUACUGUUAAUUACUUGUGUUAAUCGAGGGGUAUCAUAACACAGGUAAGUCAAAUCCUGGGUAAAAGAACAGCAUAGAUUUAAGGUUUUUCCUCUCAAUAUGGCCUAUUAAAAGCCUUCACAGCUUCAUAGCUUUUAAAGCAGAAAGGGUCGGAAUGGCCUAAGAUGGAGCUGAAUCCUUGUAAUCAUUUCUUUUUCUGCCCUUGCCCCUGAACUUUGAAGGCUGGCACAUAUCUUGUAACGGUCUGCUCUUGAAGCUGCUAGAAAGCUAGUCUCUGGAAGAGAUAGUGAUGUGUCACUGAAUCUGUGGUUCACAAAGAACUAAGAAUUGACUUUGGGGAAUUCCCUGGUGGUCCACUGAUUAGGACUCCAUGCUUUCACUGCCGAGGGCCCAGGUUCAAUCCCUGACCAGGGAACUAGGACCCUGUAAGCCAUGUGGAGUGGCAAAAGAAAAAAAGAAUUGACUUUGGUUUAAGGAAGUGGCUGUGACCCAGAGACAAUAUCUAGUAAUAGCUAGAGACCUGGAAAUCUGGGUUCUUAUUCCUAGUUCUUCAUUUCUGUCACAUAGACUUAAUUGACAUUACAUUAGAAUAUUAACCUUUUCCUAUAUGGACCGUCUAUUUAAUUAAUAACAAAAGUUCUUAGUGAAGUAUUUAGUCUUGGUUUUUCUGCUUGUACAAUUUCCCUGCCCUCCCAACAAAGACAGUAUGUGGUAGCACAUAAGGUAUUCCUUUUAACCUAAUUAGUAAUUUAUAUUAUUCUGUUUUAUCCCUAAAGCUUCUACAUGUGGCCUUUUUAUUGAGCACACUCUUACUCAUUAUUUGGCUUGUAAACAUUCACCUAAAUUAUGACUACAAUAAUUUUUAAAUAGCCUGGAAAAAAGCUUCACAUUUUAAUCACUUUUGGCUCUUAAACAGCCCACAAAUGCCAUUAGUAGUUUAUUUUGUUUUAGAGUUAUUUAAUGUUAUUUUAUGCAAAAUGUUUGUUUUGUUUUCCUUUGUUUUCCACAUGGAAAAAACAUUAGAACUGUGUAUAGUAAAAGAUUUUAUCAUGUAUCUAUCCAAACACUAUCCCAUGUUCAACAAGUCAUAUUUUAAUUUUAAACUACUUGGAGAGAGUUUCUAAAGUAACUAUUAACUACAGCUAUUCAGUGGUUACUUUUAGUGUCUUUGUGAUAUGCGAUGUUACAGUGUUUAUAAAUUAUCUAUAUCUUAUAUUUUCAAAGGAACCUCAGAAGUCUCACACCCUGAAUCAAAGUCUGUCACUCUAAAUGAAUAUGUGCUAAAAUUUGACCAGCUUGGCUUAAGACACAAAACAGCAACUUGAAGGAGAAAUCGAGAGAGUUUAAAUUAAUGGGUGAAAUUUUUGUUGUUGCAAUAGUAGGUUUAGUCUUAACUUUAUAACAUUUCUAAAUGAAAAGUCGUAUGUAUUUGUUACUGUGUCUGAUGAUUACUUUGUUAAAAGCAAAAGUGGUCAUGUGAUGUACCAAAUGUUAACUGCUGUUUUUAAAUGUUUAAAUCACGCCAAACAAAUCAUGUCUGUGCCAUCCAGGGUUUAUUGUAAUCUUUUACUGAGUACUUGGAUUGGGAAAAAGGGCUUGUACUAUGCACUUUUUAUUAAUGAAUAAAUAGAAAACAUUAGUAACA